AAACAACAGUGAGACGAGGCUUGGCAUGCUGGAUGCGAGAUGAAGCUGGGCUCAGGGACCCCACCUGCCUCUGACCUCACGUGUUCAUGGGUGCAACAGUAGACAUCUUUGUUGGUGAGAAGGCCCUAACACACCAGCUGAGGAUGUGCACAGCGGUUUAGGUGUUGGGACCGAGGUCACACAGCAGCUUCUCUGCAGAUGCAGCCGUUCCCCGGGAGGACAGGAUGACCAAGUUCAAGGAGGCAGUAACAUUCAAGGAUGUGGCCGUGGUCUUCAGUGAGGAGGAGCUGGGGCUGCUGGACGCUGCCCAGAGGAAGCUGUACCGAGACGUGAUGCUGGAGAACUUCUGGAUGCUGCUCUCAGUGGGAGCCAAGAAUCUAAAUGAGAUGGAGUCACUUCAGGAGGCAGGAUGGAGGCACCUGCCACAGGAGGAGCUUUUCUGCUCACGAAUCUGGCAACAAGUUACAAGGGAGUUAACCCAGGGUCGGGACUGCAGGGGGAAUGAUGGAGGAACUGGCUCUGCGUUGGGGAAACAGGAUGCUGGCCAGAGCGAAGAAGCGGAGUUCAGUCAACUUUCCAGUCGGAAUUCAGAGCUGCACCUCCGCUGUGGAAUGAACGGUGGUGAAGAACCUUGCACAGAGGAGAAAGACUCUAGCUGGGGCUCUCACCUUGAGGUGAACGGGAAAGCCCACGCCGGAGAGAGGAAGUACAGAUGUGAAAAAUGUGACACCUCCUUCUGCCGGCUGUCAAGCCUUCAAGCCCAUCAGGUAAGGCACACUGGAGAGAAGCCGUAUAAAUGUGAGGAGUGUGGGAAGGGCUUCACUCGGGUCUCAACGCUUCUGGACCACCAGAGAGGCCACACUGGAAACAAGCCCUAUCAGUGCAAUGCUUGUUGGAAGAGUUUCUGUCACAGCUCAGAAUUUAACAAUCACUUAAGAGUCCACACGGGAGAAAAACCCUACAUCUGUGAGGCGUGUGGGAAGGGCUUCAGCCAGGCCUCUCUUCUUCUGGCCCAUCAGAGAACCCACACUGGGGAGAAACCCUACAAAUGUAACACGUGCGGGAAGGGAUUCAGCCGGAGUUCAGAUCUGAACGUUCAUUGUAGAAUCCACACAGGAGAGAAACCCUAUAAAUGUGAGAAGUGUGGGAAAGCCUUCAGUCGAGUCUCGAUUCUCCAGGUGCAUCAGAGAGUCCACAGUGAGGAGAAACCGUAUCAGUGUGCAGAGUGUGGGAAGGCCUUCAGUGUAGAGUCACACCUGCAAGCCCACCAGAGGUCCCACACUGGAGAAAGACCCUAUCAAUGUGAGGAGUGUGGAAAAGGUUUCUGUCGGGCAUCCAAUUUUCUAGCUCACCGUGGAGUCCACACAGGAGAAAAACCAUUCCCAUGUGACGUGUGUGGAAAACGCUUCCGGCAGAGGUCCUACCUCCAAGACCACCAGAGGGUCCACACUGGAGAGAAACCGUACAAGUGUGACGAGUGUGGGAAAGUCUUCAGCUGGAGCUCAUACCUCAAAGCACACCAGAGGGUUCACACUGGAGAGAAACCAUACAAGUGUGAGGCUUGUGGGAAGGGGUUCACCUGGAGCUCCGGUCUCCUGGUUCACCAGCGAGCCCAUGCUGAGGAUGAGGGUCACAGGGAUUUCCCUGCACCAGAGGACUCGCCCGGGAAACAAAUUCUGUAAGGUUUUAUGCUCUGAUAUUUCAGAAGGAAGCCGAAAUGUUCCAGUUCUUCGAAGUGUCAUGGGAGACAAAGGAGUUGGAUCACAAAAGGGUCAAUGUUUUAACAAUGAUAGGGAGACCACAGAACAAAGAAGCCUGUACGUUGGAGCCAUGCAGACUUCAUUCAGAACUUUGAUCUUAACAAGCUGAGACAGUAACCGCAGGAAAGUCGAGUGUGAUCUGGAGGUAUCUAAACAUCUUAGGGCCGAAAGGACAAGAUCUUUUUGACAGGAGCAGAGUUUCUUAAGCUGCUAGUCACAACCUCAUGUGGGGCUGCAUAACCGAAUGUGGUGGUCACAAGGUAUUUACAUACACUACAAGCUUUCUACAUAUCCAGUGACCUGAAACCCCAAAUUCCACAGGCAGUAAAUCUGAGGGCUUUCUGGCAGCUCCAACCCAAGCUGCGACUGUGUGACUUUACUGUUGCCUUUCUCCGAACACACAGCAUGAGCCCUGACCUCUCCCUGUCACCACACACUGCCCACAGGUGCUGUGUGAAGUCUCUCUGCUCAGGGUCGACGUUGUCUGUUAGGAAUUGCAGUGCUUUCUACUGUACGCACAGUUUCUGCUCUUACAGAAGCAUAAUAGUUUACUUACAGUAUCUUCCUGUUCAUCCUUCAUACUUAAGUAUCAAACCAGUUAGCUGCAGAUUGUGUUGUGUCCUGGCCAGUGUGAUUUUAAACAUCCAAAUAGCUCCUCUUAUAUAAAAGUGUUCCACAGCAUUACUAUGCAAAUUUGCUUUCGUCGUUAAUAAAGUAUCACUUAUUGAAAUUG